UUUAACUCUCUAUUUCUUUCUUUGGGGAAGGAAGUAAGCACAUCACUGUAAUCAAGUACUUAUUCCACCAGGGAAGCAUAUAAGGACACAGUGGUCCAUCUCUCGUCUUUUCUUCCUCUUUUUAAACACUUCAACACACACAUUCAUUCUAAACCCCAAGCCCAUACAUCCACACUGCUUAGUCUAUAGACUCUAUACCAUAGUUUCACCACCAUCUAGCUUUACCAGAAAUGGAGGGUCAGAGAUCACAACGCUGGGGUUACUUGAAAGACAAGGCUAUAGCCACCAGCCUUGCUGAAGAAGAAAUGGAAAAUAGCAUGGAUGGAGAGGAGGAUGAUACUGGAGAUGAAGACAAAAGGAAGAGAGUGAUGGAGAGAGCUAGAGGUCCUAACACAGAACGUGUUCCCUUGCGGCUGUGCCUGGUCGAUAGGUGCACUGCUAACUUAACUGAGGCCAAGCAGUAUUACCGCAGACACAAAGUCUGUGAGGUUCAUGCAAAGGCAUCUUCUGCAACUGUUGCUGGAGUCAAGCAACGUUUUUGUCAACAAUGCAGCAGGUUCCAUGAGCUAGCAGAGUUUGAUGAAACUAAAAGAAGUUGCAGGAGGCGCUUAGCUGGACACAAUGAGAGGAGGCGGAAGAUAUCUGGUGACAGUUACGGAGAAGGGUCAGGCCGGAGAGGGGUUAGCUUGACACAGACUCAAGAAAGAAACAGGAUAGACAUGAAACUUCCUAUGACUAACUCACCAUUCAAGCGACCACAGAUCAGAUAAAACAACAUCAUCAACACACCCAACCGCUCUCUCUCUUCUGUCAUCUACUUAUGUUAUAUAUCUACGUUCUCUAGCUAUCCAAAUAAUGACAUCUAAGUACCAUGUCAAGAAAAGUGGAUCGUGGUAUUGAAUCCUACAACAAUAUAUAACUACAAAACUCUAGUACCCUUUAUGUUAUCAUUUAAAGGAUGCAUAUCCACAAAUGUAUAAGACUUGUCAUACUCUUGUAUUGUCUAAUUAUGUUUAGUAGUCUCGUAUGUUUCAAGAAAUGACUAUGUUGUGUUCUUUUCCUCUCUAAUCUCCACUUGAUCUUUGUUAUGUGUAAUAAUGUUAAACGAAAAAGGCUUAUAAUACAGA